GUCUGGUUGUCGUAAUGGGAGAAGAUGGCACCAAUCCUAGGGAAAGCAGACAAAACGAUAGCUUUGGAGGCACUUGGCAACUUCCCUUGCAAUUUCCACUAUCACCCACUACCCAACAACGAACCCCCGCUUGUUUUCUUUUGUUGCUACAUACAUGCUUCAAUCCCUGAAUAUUUCCAACCUUGGCCAGCUCUUAUUCCUAUCCAUUCUGCAUCCAGACAAAGACCAUUUUGGAGAGAGAGAGAGAGAGAGAGCUCUGCGUUUCUCAAAUUCCAUAUUCCUCAAGAACAGACAAACGGCCCACUGAAAAGGUACCCAUUUCUGCCAUGGGAAACGGGAAAGUCGAGUCGGGCUUGAACAAAACCCUCGUAUCGGGAAACCCAGGAAGAUAAUUCCACGGAUGAGGAAGUGUCUGGCCAGACCUGUACAAUUUGGUGUCUGGGUUUUGGUCGGUUUUUGACAUGGUAGAGAACCCAUUUAGGAAUUUGGAUUUGGUUGCUUGCUUGAGGAGGUUACUUCUCGACUCUUACUGAUCACAAUUUCCAGGCACCUGGACUCGAGCUUUUCUGUUUUGGUAGUAUGGUUCAGGAGGAAGGAUCAUCCUCCAUAGGUUCCUCCCCCCUUCAAAUUUUCUCCCUCAUGUCACUUUCACCCGGUUUAAGUUCACCACAUCCGUGGCUCAGGGAGUUGAAAUCCGAGGAAAGAGGCCUGUGCCUUAUUCAGCUUCUUGUCGCCUGUGCUAAUCACAUUGCUGCCGGUAGUUUUGAGAAUGCCAAUAUUGUUCUCGAGAAUAUCAGCUAUCUUGCAUCUCCUGGUGGUGAUACAAUGCAGAGAAUCGCUGCUUACUUCUCCGAAUCACUUGCAGACCGAAUCCUUAAAAACUGGCCUGGUUUGCACAAGGCCCUUAAUUCCACUAAAAUAACAUCCAUUUCUGAGGAAAUUCUUGUUCAGAGAUUGUUUUUUGAGCUGUGCCCUUUUUUACGACUCACGUAUGUGAUCACAAACAGGGCAAUUGUGGAAGCCAUGGAAGGGGAAAAGGUGGUUCAUAUUAUUGAUCUCAAUUGUUUUGAGCCUGCUCAGUGGAUCGAUCUGCUUCAGGCAUUGAGUGUCCGUCCUGAGGGGCCGCCACACUUAAGAAUAACGGGAAUUCACAAGCAGAAAGAAGUGUUGGAACUAAUGGCUCAUCGAUUGAAUGAAGAAGCUGAAAAGCUGGACAUCCCAUUUCAAUUCAAUCCUAUAGUUUGUCAGUUGGAGAAUCUUGAUGUUGAUUGUUUGCGUGUUAAGACAGGAGAAGCUGUUGCAAUCAGCUCAGUGCUUCAACUGCAUUCUCUAUUGGCAUUUGACGAUGACAUGUUGAGGAAGAACUCCCCACUGGGAUCCAGGGGUUUGAAUUCGGUUCAUCCGCAUCGAGUUGUGCAGAUGAAUCCACGCACUUUGGGAGAUUUUCUUGAGAAAGAGUCAUGCAAUCAUCUCUAUAGCCCAAGUUCUGAGUCAAUGUCAUCUUCACCCCUCUCUAUUGCCUCUCCAUCAAAAAUGGGAAGCUUUCUAGAUGCCCUUAGGGGCCUUUCACCGAAGUUGAUGGUGGUAACUGAGCAGGAAUCAAACAACAAUUCACAUAAUUUAAUGGAUAGAGUGACAGGAGCAUUGAACUAUUAUGCAGCUUUAUUUGAUUGCUUAGAGUCUACCGUGCCAAGGGCUUCAUCAGAGCGCCAAAAGGUUGAGAAAAUGCUUUUUGGGAAGGAAAUUAAGAACAUCAUAGCAUGCGAGGGACACGAAAGAAAGGAGAGGCACGAAAAGCUUGAGAAAUGGAUUCCCAUGCUUGAGUUGGCUGGGUUUGGGAGAGUGCCUUUGAGUUAUCAUGGUAUGUUGCAGGCAACAAGGCUGCUGCACAGCUUUGGCUACGAUGGGUACAAAUUAAAAGAAGAGAAAGGUUGCCUGGUUAUAUGCUGGCAGGAUACACCCCUUUUUUCAAUCUCAUCCUGGAGGUUUGGAAGCAUCUCCAGUUUUCUGAUUGUAGCGAACUGUCCUCGCCAAGGCAUAGCCGCGGGCAAACCUGAAAACCCCACUGCCUCCAACGACAGGCAUUUCCCUGACCACAUCAAGAACUUGGUUUCUCCCAAGAAUGCUGAGCGUGCUGCCGUUAAACCGGCCCUCAGUGAAAGCAAAGUUGAUGACCAUAAGCAGCCCAUCAUCAUGCUGGGAAGCCAGAGCAUACAUUCCCUGAGCUCUUCCCACAAGCUUGGAGCCAUGCUCAGGACUUUCAGUCAGUGGAUCAUUGAUAAUUACAGUGGUUCCAAACGCGUUUUUUGGCCCACCAACUCUCACAGCAGUUGGGUGCUUGCCACUGACGAUUUCAUGAAAGUAGAAAUGGAGAUGGCUCAUGUUGUUGGCAAGGUCUGCAGCCUUCGUUUCCGCGAACUGCUCAGAGAAGGAGGAGCCAUUGAUGGGAAUGAGGGGAGCUGAGAUGAGGAUGAAGAUGAGGUAGGAAAGGAGAGUUGCAGUGGCAAAGAUGGCCAUUUUUGGAUUGUUUUCCAGCUGUGUUUUGGUCUCAGUGAUGAAGCUGCUUGUUGUUUAUAGAGAGGGACGGAGAAGAAGGCUUAUGAUGUAAGGGACUGCGUGUGUGUGGCCUUUGCUUUUCUGCGGGAAUUAUUGCUUUUGCUUGAUGUGCAUUGAGAAAUUGGGGACACUCUUACUGAACCAAAGAGAACAGAGGGUGGGAAGGGGUGUGAACGGUGCUGAGUGUUGGAAGGCAUCUUUGGAAGCCAAACUGGAUUCCACUGGGAGUUCAGUGGGGGCACAAUUGCACCCAAUAAGAUAUAUUGUAGCCUAGAAUAAGGCAAGUGUGGUUGUGUGUGUGUGUGUGUAUAUAUAUAUAUAUAUAUAUAUAGUUAUGUCC